UAAAAUGAAGUGGAUUUUAAUUUUGGUACUAGUUGGUCAUACGGUGGCCUAUACGAUUCCUAACGUACGUUUCGAGUACCCAACUGCGCGAGGUUUCCGUGCCAGCAUACCGGACACCCCGGGCCUACAGAUGUUUGCGUUCCACGCGCGUCUUAACAAACCGUUCGAGAAGUUCGAAGAGGGCGAUUAUGCGGAAGACGUACUAGCACCGGAUGAAAAUGGUCUCUGGCUGUACGACACCAACAAACCGGCCCUCCCAAACGGGACAAUCAUUUACUACUGGGUGUACGUCCAGUUUGCCGACCAAGGGUACUGGCUGACGGACAAGAAACAUACCGUACUCCGGUCCAAGGCGACGGUUGCUCCAAAAACGACAACUUCCACCACCACUACCACCACCACUACAACCGUGCCACCCUGUCCACAUACGCUUACCACCUAUAACGGAGGGAAAACAACAUGUGCCGGGAAGCUUAUCUUCGAGGACACAUUCGAGCAGGGUAGCUUCGCACCGAAAUGGCAGCACGAGCUACGCAUUCCACUGGACACGGAUUCGGCGGAAUUUGUGUCGUACCAAAACUUACCGGAAAACAGCUACAUCGCAGCGGGUCGUCUUGUAAUAGUGCCGACGCUUGUUAACAUGAACCCGGAUUACACCGACGAACGGAUCCGCACCGGAGAGCUCGUACUGGAAGGCUGUACCUCACCAACCAACAAUCCGUACGAAUGUCAACGGAAAGCCGCCCGCUCGACGAUACUGCCGCCUGUGGUGUCCGCUAAAUUGAACACCAAAAAUCAUUUCCGCUUCCGGUACGGGCGUGUCGAGAUACGUGCUAAGCUACCGAAGGGAGAUUGGAUUUUUCCACAACUUUUCCUCCAGCCGUACGAAAAUUACUACGGAUAUGCUGACUACGCAUCCGGGCAAAUGUGGAUCGCUCACAUCCUGUCGAACCGGAUGCUGGUUUCACGGGACGGCAAACAAAUCGAUGGCCACCGGUUGCGGGGCGGUGUACUCAUCACCAACACUGGGCCGGUACGGUCGGACUUUUUGCGCUCCAAUGUGAACGACGAUCAUUUCGGCGAUCAGUUCCACGUGUACGGGUUGAUAUGGACACCGGACCAGAUUAUGCUUACCGUCGAUGGGUUUCAGUAUGGCACGUUGCGACCGAACUUCCGGCAGCACGCGCAGCAGCAAAAUUUAACCCAGGCGAACCUGUGGAAUGCGGACGCACCACUAGCACCGUUUGAUCGUGACUUCUACAUUUCGCUUGGUGUUGGAGUUGGUGGAGUGAAGGAUUUCCCGGACCUCUCCUUAACUGGGCCGUCGAAAACACCCAAACCCUGGAACAAUACCAGCCCGAAGGCGGAAUACUUUUUCUACCAGAACCGCAACACGUGGUAUCGCACAUGGACCGAACCGGAACUUACGAUUGACUAUGUGCGUGUGUAUGCUUUGUAA